AUGUUUGCGAGAAAGACACCUUACGGUCGCUCGGAGAGCUUCUCCGACAAGCAGCAGGCGAAGAAAUCAAUGUCCCGCAGCAUGAAGCGAUCUUUCAAAGAGCACUCUAUUAGUUCUCGAGGUAUCCGACGAGAAAAGAAGCAUGAGAGAUCGUCUACCGAGUGUGACCACCCUUCUUCGGCCAUCAUCACCAUCUCCGUAGGCAAAGAACAACGAUUAUUCGCCGCGCAUGAACAUGUAUUGCGGACAUCGCCUUUCUUUGCUGCUCGCUGUCGUGGCCAGUUCCUCGAACCUCAUAACAAGCUGAUCAGUCUGCCCGAUGAGCAGCCGGAGAUACUCUCCUGCAUAUUGGAAUAUCUCUACAAGGGAGACUACUAUCCUCGACUGGCGCAUAAUAAACGCCAUGAUACUUGGGAGAUUGAGGACAAUGGCAUGGAUAUUGAUGGGGAGGCGAAGCAAGCUUCCCUACUAGUAUACGACGCCGACGGCUCUGUGAUCCUAAAGGACACUGCCGUAUACUGCGCUGCCGAGAGAUACAACCUACCAGACCUAAAACGACUAGCCCUUCGCAAGCAAGGCUUACAAUCUGGAAUCCACUGUAGCACUAUCCUUUCCAGCGCUCGGUACGCCUAUGCCAACACGCCAGACUCCGAGUCCAAACUACGCGCGCACUACCUAGCUUUGAUUAUCCGAAGCAGAUCUACUUUUAAGCGCAGCGGCACGAUGCAGAUGGAAAUGGAGAAAGGUGGAAAGCUAUUUUUUGACCUUUUUGUGGCGAUGUGUAACCACAUGGACGAUCUUAAUGCUUCGCCGACGUCGAAGGGGUGGUGGUAG